AAAUAUCUGGAACAGCUAGUAUUAAUCCAUCUUUUAUUGAAUCUGGAAUGUCUGCCAUAUCUGGAAUGUCUGGUUUCUCUGGUAUUUCUGCCAUGUCUGGUAUGUCUGCUUUAGAAAGUAGGGAUACGGGAAUAUCUAGACCGGCUAGUAUAAAUCCAUCUUUUAUUGAAUCUGGAAAGUCUGGUGUGUCUGCCGUGUCUGGUAUUUCUGCCAUGUCUGGUAUGUCUGCUUUAGAAAGUAUGAAUACAGAAAUAUCUAGACGGGCUAGUAUAAAUCCCUCUUUUAUUGGAUCUGGUUUGUCUGAUGUGCCUGGUAUGUCUGGUAUGUCUGCUUUAGAAAGUAGGAAUACAGAAAUAUCUAGAACGGCUAGUAUAAAUCCAUCUUUUAUUGAAUCUGGAAUGUCUGCCAUGUCUGGUAUGUCUGGUAUGUCUGCUUUAGAAAGUAGGAAUACAGAAAUAUCUAGAUCGGCUAGUAUAAAUCCAUCUUUUAUUGGAUCUGGAAUGUCUGGUAUCUCUGGUAUUUCUGCCAUGUCUGGUAUGUCUGGUAUGUCUGCUUUAGAAAGUAGGAAUACAGAAAUAUCUAGAUCGGCUAGUAUAAAUCCAUCUUUUAUUGAAUCUGGAAUGUCUGCCAUUUCUGGUGUGUCUGCCAUGUCUGGUAUGUCUGCUUUAGAAAGUAGGAAUACAGAAAUAUCUAGAUCGGCUAGUAUAAAUCCAUCUUUUAUUGAAUCUGGUAUGUCUGCCAUGUCUGGUAUGUCUGGUAUGUCUGCUUUAGAAAGUAGGAAUACAGAAAUAUCUGGAACAGCUAGUAUAAAUCCAUCUUUUAUUGAAUCUGGAAUGUCUGCCAUUUCUGGUGUGUCGGGCAUGUCUGGUAUGUCUGCUUUAGAAAGUAGGAAUACAGAAAUAUCUAGAACGGCUAGUAUAAAUCCAUCUUUUAUUGAAUCUGGAAUGUCUGGUAUUUCUGGUGUGUCUACCAUGUCUGGAGUGAGUAGUAUACAACGUUCGUCUGCUGGCAUUCGUACGUCUUCUGGGUCUACUGAGAAAUAUGGUUCUUCUCUGCCAAGCAAAAACAACGGAAAAAGAAACGGAAGGAAUUUUAAAUCUGGUACAUCUACGACGAUUUCAGAAAUAGCUGAAGUAGAUAGAAGAAGAUCUCAUGCCCGUGAUACGUCUGCUGGAAUAUCGAAAGUGGGGAAUGAAAAACGUCUGUCUUCAUCAUCAAAGAGAUUAAGGACAAAAGUCGACAAAAAUCAAAAACGUGCAUCAACAACUGAAAGGGGGGUUGGUGUAAGGAGGUUAUCUAAACAUGAAAUGGUCGGAAAUUCAUCAAGCUCUGCUUCUACUUUAAUAGAAGAAAUUAAACCAAGAGGAAGCCGUGAUGUAAAUACUGCCAAACUCCCAAAGAACAUUUCCACGAAAGUCACCUCUAAAAUUACACCAGGAUCUGUGGAUAAGCAUUUUGAUUCAUUUCAUACAAAACCCGCUAAAAAAUCCACUGAAGACAAGAUUCGAAUGAAAGCUGCCAGUCCUGUUAAAGUUAAUGUAGCGUCCGCCACCUUAUCAAAGACCUUAUCAAAGACGAAACAUGGCGAUGUUUAUCAUGAUCACGUUUCUUCUGAUAAGAGCAAAAUGUCCCUGAAGGCUGUAUCUGGUUCUACCUUAUCAAGGUUUUUAGAUAAUCGUCGGAGUAGUGCUAGUUCGGUAGAAUACGACUUGCGCCCUCGCCAAUGUAUCCCAAGAAGACCUUUAAGCAGAUUAGAACUAGAAUAAAGCCUGUGUCUAGUAAUGUGUACGAAGAUUGGACCUACUCCGAAAUAACAUCAACUCCUAUUGAUAUUAUUAACCCCUCUCCUGAAAAAUACCAACAAUACUUUGAUAAUAAAGCCAUAAGGAGGCCAGAGAUUGGCCUCAACAGAAGUACAAACUACCAAGACCAACACAUCUCUACUUCCGCAAAACGAGGAGAAAUCCGUGUAAGUCAACGCAAAUCUUCUAGACAUAAGAAGAGGAAGAAGUAUAGUGUAGAUUCUAAUAUUACAAAUAAUUCCAUAUUGUCAGUGUCCCCAAGUAUGUCAGAUGUUAACAUCGAUCCCAAUAGCUCACAUACUAUAUAUGAUAAAAUUGACUUCCGGAGGGAAUCGGGUGAUUUUGAAGCUCAGAUAUCAAGCGAUAGUGAAGAUGAAGAGGGGCAUUACGGUGAUGAAUUUGCAGAUAACCUUGGCAGAAAACACAAAUUUCUUCAAGCUGAAUCAAAUGAGACAGCUGCGAUGAAAGCAGAAGAAACUUUUCCACAAGAAGAUGAAAACCAUGAACCACAACCAUGUUCACCUCAGAAACAUGAAAUCAGUGAUCAUUUAACGCUAGAUGAUUGGUUGGUGCCCAACCUGUCCAUCGACUCUGAAGAUCGAUCAACACCCGAACUGGAAUCAAGGCAAACAUUACGAGAACAAAACCAUUCCAAUUCUACGUCAGUUGAUGUUCACCUGCCUAAAGAACUUGUUGAUCUUGAAACAUCAUUUGAGAACACAUUUGAUAUUAUACCUGAAGAAACCA